CUUCUGACUUUUUUCUGAAAGCACCAUAUCUUCCAUUAACUUGAUAAUGACUACUUCUCCUCCACAUUGUCCAAAAAUAAUAUCUAACAUUACCAAACACAGCCAUUAUAUGAUUGAGAUCUCUAGACCCAUCCAAUUAGAGAUCUUUUAGAAGCUAACAAAGUUAGCAAGUAUUAGUCAUGGCUUUGAUAUGGGCAACACUUGUUAUUAUUAUUGUGUAUGCAUUUUAUGAGCUGCUAAACAACAUCCAGAAGAGGAAAAGUUAUCCUCCAGGUCCAAAAGGACUUCCCAUUAUAGGACAUCUUCACUUGUUAGGAAAAAAUCCACACCAAGAUUUCCUAAAACUAGCAAAAACACAUGGUCCACUUAUGUAUGUUAGACUGGGACUAGUACCUACAAUCAUUGUCUCGUCUGCGGACACAGCGGAGAAGGUCCUCAAGACAUAUGAUCAUAUCUUUGCUAGUAGACCUCACAAUGAGGCAGCUUAUUAUUUAGCAUAUGGACAGAGGAAUAUGAUAUCCGCAAAGCAUGGACCAUACUGGCGCAGCAUGCGCAAAUUGUGCACUCAGCACCUUUUCAGUAACCAAAAGAUCAAUUCAUUUCAAUCUAUGAGAAGGCAACAAGUUGAGGUUAUGAUCAAAUCACUUAAAAAUGGAACUUGUGAUCAUCGCGUUGUUGUUGAUCUUAGUGCAAAGAUUUCGUCUUUGAAUGCUGACUUGACUUGCUUGAUGGUGUUUGGAAAGAAGUACAUGGAUGAAAUUUUGGACAAGAGGGGAUUCAAAGCUCUUGUCAAAGAGGUUGACGAAUUAGCAGCGACACCAAAUCUUGGAGAUUUUUUCCCCUUCCUCGGCGUAAUUGAUCUCCAGGGACUCACUCGCCGGCUCAAGGAUCUUUCAAAAGUGUUUGAUGACUUUCUUGAGAAGAUUAUCGAUGAACAUGUCCAGUCUGGUGACCAGAAGCAAUCUAAAGACUUUGUUGACACCAUGUUGGACAUUAUGCAAUCAGGAGAAGCAGAAUUUCAAUUUGGCCGUAGCCAUAUAAAAGCUAUACUCUUCGAUAUGUUAGUUGCAGCCAUGGGCACUUCAGCAACAGCGAUAGAAUGGAUACUAACAGAGCUUCUUCGGCAUCCUCAUGUGAUGAAGAAACUCCAAAAAGAGUUGGAACAAGUGGUAGGACUUGAAAAAAUGGUAAAAGAAUCAGACUUGGAGAAGUUAAACUACUUAGACAUGGUUGUAAAGGAGGGCUUGAGGCUGCAUGCCGUAGCGCCACUAGCACCUCACGAGGCAAUGGAAGAUUGUGUAGUCAAUAGCUUCCACAUACAAAAAGGAUCCCGUAUCCUGAUUAACUUCUAUGCUGUUCAAAGGGAUCCAAAUAUUUGGCCUGAACCUGAAAAGUUUUUGCCCGAGAGGUUUUUUGGGAGCAGUGUAGACAUUCGUGGACAUGACUUCCAACUUUUACCAUUUGGCUCGGGUAGAAGAAGUUGUCCUGCAAUGCAGUUGGCAAUUGUCCUUGUCCAAUUUACAGUGGCACAACUGGUGCAUUGCUUUGAUUGGGAGCUUCCAAAUGGUAUGCAGCCUAGUGAUUUGGAUGUUGAGGAGCACUUUGGGUUAGCAACAAGCAGAGCAAAUCCUUUAAUGGCUAUUCCUACUUAUAGACUAAAAAAGAAUGCUUAAUCUCAAACGAUACAAUAUGGUGCAAUAAUCAAUUAAAGGAAGAUCAAAUGAGAGAUUAUAUACAUAAAAAUAAUGGAGUUGGCUGAAAUAGUUGACCUUAAUUAAACCGUUUCUUCUCUGCUUUACUGGUCAUGCUAUCUCUCAGACUACACUCCUUUGUAAUUUGUUUUUUCUCUUUAGUAUUUGUGGAGCUAAUAAGAAAUGUAUUCGUUUCACAAUGUAAUACAGAAUACGUUGCGAAAA